UUUUGCAUAAGCGCAUAACUAUAAGCAUAAGGAAAUUGAUUGGUUCAUUUCCUUAUGCAUAUAUUUGUGGACCAAUCAAUUUCUUUAUGUUUAUGAUUAUGCGCUUAUGCAAAAGUGUGUGCUCCUCGCUUUGUCCAUGAUACUAUAACUUGUGUAUGAUAGUUAAAUAAUUAUUCAGCCAUCAAAUACAAGUAAUAUAGAGUGAUAUACCAUCGAACAUAAACAAAACUUUUAUAUUUAACUAUCAAAGACAAGUAAUAUUAUGGAGAAGAAUAAUUUAUGAUGGAAGGAAAAGAAUAUAAAAUUUCUAAUUUUCUAAAUAACAAAAUCGAAAAUGAGGAAACUCAAUUUUUAUUUUUUUUACUUUUGUUUUCUAUGCUCAUACAAGAUAUUAGUAUGCGACAUAAAUAUACGUGUGACCUUUAUAUAAAAUAGAAAUACAAAAAUAAGUAAAGAAGAAAAAUAAGAAAAUAAGAAAAAAUUCAGUAGUGAUCGAUCAAACUUAAUCGUACGAAUAAAUAAAAAUAUCGAGUAAAAUUAAUAAAUUCUUUAAGUGACAUCUAGCGAUGUCGUAAUAAAUAUGUGCGUGAAUAAUAUAUUAUCUGUAAAUCAUUUAUAAAUCUAUAAAUAUUCGAUAAAUGUUAUCUGUUAUAUGUAUAUAUAUUCAGCAAUUUAGCUUAAUGUUUAAUAAACUAUACGCCAUUGAUACAGUAGUCUGCACGAAGAGUGGAACAUUGUAUUAACUCAGACUUUCUAAAAGAGAAACUACAGUUCAAGGAGAAAUUGUACAGUUAAAAAUUCAUCAUAUUUACAGUUAUCUGAUCAGUUUAAUAACAAACAUUACUAUAAUAAAGAAAUGGAUAUAAAUAUUAUAUGUCUCGUUUUCAUUAUAUUUGCAUUGUUUAUAGUGUUAUCUGGAUUACUAUCCAAGUAUAUACAUGCUUAUUUACCUAUAAUACCAACAGAUAUGUAUAGCAAGUAUGUUAUUGCAAAUAAUACACGUAAUAUGAUAUUAACAAAUUUUAAUGUGCCUAAAAGAUGGUAUAAACAUUUUUAUAUUUUUUCUGGACCAGCAUCGACUAUUACACUUUGUUUCAUUUUGUACAAAUUUCUGUUUAAUGGGAAUAUACCUGAAAUUAUAUUUGCAUUAUUGGAUAUGUUAUUAGGAACGUCAAGAAAACCUUUGAUACCAGUAAAAAAUGUAAUUUUAGCCAUUGUUAUAUUAAAUGUACACUGUUGGAAAAGAGUUUACGAGACAUGUUAUGUUAAUGUAUUUAGCGAUCAAAAAAUGAAUAUAAUUAUUUAUUUGAUUGGAUUUAUACAUUAUGCAGGAAUAUUUCUGUGUAUAAUAGGCGAAUCUGAAGGAUUUAUUAGAGAUUCAAAUACAAAUGUAAUCUUGUACAAAUUAACAACUAUAGAAUUAAUUUGUGUGCUUAUAUGUUUAUGGUCAUCAUACAUGCAACUUAAAAGUAAUUUUAUUCUUGCGAGACUACGUAAGAAUCAACAUGGCGAUAUUGUAUCUAAAGAGCAUAAGAUACCAUUUGGUGGAUUAUACAAGUAUAUAUCAAGUCCACUACAACUUACAGAAAUAAUUAUAUACAUAAUGUUAUCUGUGAUUCUUUGGCAAGCUUCUACAUUCCAUUACAUUACUAUUUGGGUUAUAACAAAUCAGUUGAAAUGUGCAAUUCUGUCUCAUGAAUGGUAUCACAAAACUUUCAAAAAUUAUCCAAAAGAGAGAAAGAUUUUAAUUCCUUAUAUCUGGUAAUAAAGAAAAAUAUCAGAAAGAAAAACCAGGCCAUUUAUAUCAUUUUCCGAGG